AUGGUACAAAGCCAUAUUUAUAUUUUACAAGUUUUAUUUGCGAUUGGCAUCACAUUAGGUUCCCAGUGCCUAGAUUUUGAAAGCAAGCAUACAUGGGUAGCCAGUAUCGCUCGCUACGUAGUUUACAUACUGACAGUCCAAGGCUCAAAGGCGACCAGUGUACUUGUGUAUGAAAUACUCCAUGGUAAAAGAGAUUGGAACACCCAUCUCUUCAGCAAAGUGAACCGGAAUCGAUUUAUUAUUUAUUUCGUUGCCGCCGCCAUAGUAUACCUUAACAAUAAUAAGUUGUAUGCAGAAGAUUUGCCUUUGGUACUGAUCGCAUAUUUAAUCGUCAAGUACCCUGAAAUGGACACGGACCAAGAAUGGCUAUUAAUAUCCGUAAAAAUAGAGUCCAAAGUAUAUGAUCAUAUAUUAAGUGAUUCUGAUCAAAUGGCCGGCAAGUCUGAAAUAGUUCCUGUAAUAGAUAUUUUCGCAAAGACAACGGUGUUUAAAGCACUAGAAGGUGAUCAAAAAAUGCUUGCAAGUCAAGUAGACACCCGUCAGGUUAAAGAACAUGUUUUGUGGGAUAGAAAGAACGAAGCCCGCUCUCAAAGAGAGAAGUCGGCCUGCAGACGAAGCAACCAACAAGUUUGCAGAGCAGAAGGGCUAGCCCCCUGCCAGAAACAUCAGGGUACAUCAGCUGUAAGUCUUGGCGCUGGUCUGGCCUGCAGUUACAUAGAAGGAUAUCUAGUCUAUGUAAUCCCGACAGAUGGACGUGAUAUAAAGGGUUUGCAAGAUAAUAUCCGGACAUUCGAAGACACACAUAAUGUGGUUUUUCCUGUGAAAAGAUUGUUCGUCAUCGUCACCAAGUCCAUGCACUGUCCGACAGACUUAAAGGAAUUCAAUGACAAGAGUGACAGAGAAGAUGUCAACAGACUGGAGGCUUGUCUGUCCUUUGAGAAGGUAGUGAGAGAUGUCGCCGGGGUAAAAAACCGGCAUUACAAGAACUCCGCGUAUAAGAUCAUCAGACCGAACAAUAAACCAGUUUACAUAGCCGCGGAGUGCGCCACCUCCCUGCACACACUGUACAAGGUGAUGAAAAACAGACAUUUGUGUGAUGAAAUGGUCGGCGUGAAUGUCGGAGACAUUGUAUCGGACUUUGUGUGUACGUUGCGCUCAGCGCUGGACAGUAUUCCGGAACUUAAGAACAAGUGUGAAGUGGUCUACUUUGAUGAUACCGACGAGACCUUAAAUCUGUCCGAUGUCUUACUUGACAGAGUCAAAACUUUGGAACCGAACUUCGAAGAGUAUAUCAGACGUAGAAGAUAA